AUGUAUGUUAAAUGCGGCAAUUGCGUAGAUGCCCGUAAAGUGUUUGAUGAAAUGACAGAACGAGACGUCUCCUCAUGGAAUACCAUGAUUGCAGCUUACCGAAGACGCGGUCAUCCUCGCCAGGCACUGGCUCUGUUUCACCAAAUGCAACAAACAGGUUUGCAGCCCGAUCAGUUUACCUUUUCCAGCAUAUUCCAAGCCUGCGCUAAAUUAAGGGCUUUGGAACAGGGUAUGGAUUCCCAUCAAGGUAUAGUGGAAAGGGGAUUUUUGUCUGAUGUCGUAAUUGUGAAUACACUGAUAGACAUGUACGCAAAAUGUGGAAGCGUACACAAGGCCCGCGAACUGUUUGAUAAAAUGCCUCAGAGGAGUGUGAUCUCAUGGAAUUCUAUGAUUGCAGGGUAUGCUCAAAACGGUGUACUUGAUAAGGCUUUAAGACUUUUCGAUGAAAUGCCAGAAAAAAAUGUGGUCUCGUGGAAUGCUAUGAUUGCAGGAUGUGUACAAAAUGGUGAUGUUGACCUGGCUUUGAGGUUUUUCAAAGAAAUGCCUCGACCAGAUGUCAUCUCAUGGAAUGCCAUGGUUGCGGGAUAUGCACGAGAUGGACUUGUUGAAAAAGCCUUGGAGACAUUUAAACAAAUUCGACUGGUAGGUUUAAAGCCAAAUUCUUCAACCUUUGCCAUUAUCCUCCCAGCCUGUGCCAAAAGGGGAGCUUUGGAACAGGGCAUCGACAUCCAUCAAGGCAUUAUCGAGUGCGGAUUUAUGUCAGAUGUUGUAGUUGUAAGUGCCCUGGUAGAUAUGUACGCAAAAUGUGGGAGUAUACAGAAGGCUCGUGAACUCCAUGCAGGUUUAGUGGAUCAGGGUUGUAAAUACUUCAACGACAUGACUGCCACAUAUUGCAUCACACCAAUGAUUGACCAUUAUGUGUGCCUGGUUGAUCUUCUUGGCCGUGCUGGCUAUCUUGAGGAAGGUCUCAACAUUAUUAUCAAAAUGCCCAUUAAGCCUAUGGUGGUUGUUUGGAUAUGUUUGCUUGGUGCCUGUAGAUCACAUAAGAGUGUAGAGUUAGGAGUAUUUGCAGCAAAUCUCCUUUUUGAGCUGGAUCCCAUAAACGCUGCGACUUAUGUUCCUCUGUCAAACAUCUAUGCAGAACUGGGCAGAGUCAAAAUUAAAGUUGGGGCUCUAAUGGAGAUCCUGGAAACAGAAAAUGUUGAUCCCUAUUUGCCAAUUUUGCAACUUGUGGAAAGGGGACGAGCUACAGAUAGGGUUCUAGACCUCAACAUACCGGUGCAGGAUGAAGCCAUGGGAUGGACUACCUCCUUUCUGCCCGCCUUCGAUGCCCCUGUAAUUCAGACCCAGGAGGACGCUGCCAUGGACGAGUAA